AUGCAACAAGAGGAUUAUAAUAUUGAGCUUGAGUUUGAGCAACACAAUCAUGCGUUUAAUGAUCAACACGAUCAGCAGAACCAACAUAAUGUGCAUCACUAUCAGCAGACUGAACAACCUUUAUUUCCUGGAAGUCCUUACGACCUUUCCAUCCUUAAGGACUAUGAACACCACAUUGCAGUUAAAAUUGCUAUACCUGAAUUACGUCCUUUACAACGAUGUAGUUUGCACAUGAUUGACGGUAAUCUGAUAUAUGCUUUUGCUGAGAGAUGGCACACAAAGACUAGCUCAUUUCACCCGCCAUUUGGUGAAAUGACUAUUACUCUUGACAAUGUUAGGAGUCUUUUGGGCAUUCCAUGUUAUGGAGAGUUUUUCACACAUUCCGCUAAUGUGAAUGAAGAUUUGGCCAUUGGUGCUGCCAUUGAGUUAUUGGGAGUUGAUCAUGAUGAAGCUGUGACAGAAACUGGGAUCAAUAGAGGUGCUUCAUAUAGUUUUGAGUGGUUGAAAGCUAUAUUUUUUAAGCAACUUCGUGAAGGACGAUACAAUUGUGCAACGAGAGCAUACCUACUUCAUUUGGUAGGGUGUAUCAUACUAGCUGAUAAAAAAUUUACCCUUGUAUCUGCAAAAUAUUUGUUUCUUUUUCAAUACCUUGAUACUUGUGGUAAAUGGGCAUGGGGACCAGCUGCUCUUGUUGUUUUAUAUGACUAUCUUAGAGAUGGUACACUGUCUGCAAUGAAGUAG